AUAACAGAAUCGAGUAUUCGUAUAAUAGAGCUUCGUUAAUAUAUCCGAGCAUAGUAUUUCUUAGAUGCAGUGGACACUGCUUUAUCUAGCGUAGCACAGAGUGUUUGAUUUCACAUCUGUAAAAACCGCUGGGGCCGAGUUGUAGCAGAAAGUCUGGCUGUGGGAGCGAGUGAAGGCGGUCUCCUCGUCCAAGACUGUGGGCAGAAAUGAAGGGCCAACAGAAGAGCCCUGAAGCAGAUGGGAGCAUUACCGUCAGCGAGGAAGGCUCUGUUGCCACUGCAGAGGAUCCAGCUGCGAUUGCUACAAUUCAGUCUGCUGCCACAUUCACUGACCAGCCCAUCAAGUAUCUUUUCAAGACAGAAGGAGCAGGUGGACAGGUGACCUACAGAGUUAUCCAGGUGUCAGAUGGCCAAUUGGAGGCUCAGACAGAUGGUGCAGGAUCAGCGGUCAGCCUGGUAGCUGGUUUCCCUGCAACCACUCAGGCCGUAACACAGGCUGUGUUUUCCCAGCCAGAGGGGUUGGAAGGAGAUGGAAGCGCUGAGACUCAAUACACUUACUACCCUGCCACCAUCGCGGAUGCUACAACUGGAACCAUGGUGACGACAGUGCAGGCCUCUGACACACUGCUGGGCCAGACCACUCCCACAGGGCAGCUCUAUGUGAUGAUGUCACCCCAGGAAGUUUUGACAGCAUCCAAUCAAAGGACAAUCGCACCCCGUACUCAGCCAUACGUUGCGAAGCAAGAGGCUCCUCGGGCAUCCAGAGAUGAAAAACGACGAGCACAACACAAUGAAGUUGAGCGGAGGCGAAGAGACAAAAUCAACAACUGGAUUGUGCAGCUUUCAAAGACCAUCCCAGACUGCAACGUUGACUAUACAAAGACUGGCCAGAGUAAAGGAGGAAUAUUGUCUAAAGCCUGUGAGUACAUCAAAGAACUCAGACAGAGCAACUUAAAGUUGGGAGAAGAUAUCAGCUCACUUGAUCGCCUCAGGAUUGACAACCAGCUACUCAGACAGGAGGUGGAGGACUGGAAAUCCAAGAAUCAGAUCCUUAGGAACCUGCUAAGACAGCAUGGAAUUGUGGGAUCAUCUAGCACAGACCCCCAGUGACAAACCUGUUGCCUAGUGGUAUUCAGAGACAAGAAAAGACACAUGGGCCAAAAAAGUACUUGAAACACAUUGAGUUACUUUAUAUGUGAUUGAUUGUGCAAAAAGGUGAAAUGAUUGAAUAUUGUCAAUAAUAUUCACAUUUAGCAUCUUUGCUAUAUGACUAAUACAGUGUUCAAAGCCUUAAAAAAAUGGAAGUAAUUCAUUUGAUGAAUACGACACAAUCAUAAAAACAUGAUAGAUCUGAAAAGAGAAUGAAAACAAAUCAACUCAAACCUUUUGAAUCCAACCAGUUUUGCAAAGCCCUCGUUGAAUGCCUUCCUCUGCAAACAUUAUGAAUGUUUUAUUUAACCUCCAGUAUAGUAAGCUCUAAAACAUUGCCAACUUUUCAGGUUUCUUUUUCUUGGCCUCUGCAAUCUUGACUGUGCUUCUCUGUAUCAAUUACACUCAUGUUAAUAUCUCUUAAAAACAUUGUAUUCCUUUCUUGGUCUUUUCUCAUCUUUUAUCAAUAAUACUUCAAGCAGUUGAUGCAAAGUUAGUUAUUUAGUCGUAGUUCAACUUUGUUUGCUUUGCUGUAUUUUUUAAGUGUUUAAUAAAGCUUCACUGAGGACAAUAAUUACAUUGCAACAAUGUAACAAAAUGGAAUGGGGAUGAAAGCGUUGCAUUACUAGGUAGGCGAUGUAUGUCUUUAUAUAAAAAAAUUCUAUACUGUAUGUCAUAAAUCAUGUUCACUUACUAUUAAAGUUGAAAACUUGGCAAA